ACGAGAGGUGAUUGGCUAGUUCACAAGCCAAAAGUCCCGGAUGUAGACACGAGCUAUAUUUAACACAGAGAAGGCGCGUAACUCAGUUUGAAUUGGGUGAGGAACUGUGUGUUCGCGGCGCUCAGCUGUAGUAACCGUCAUUUGCAAAUUAUAAAAUGGCUGGAGGUAAAGCAGGAAAAGACUCCGGGAAGGCGAAAGCGAAGGCUGUUUCGCGCUCACAAAGGGCUGGACUGCAGUUUCCAGUGGGUCGUAUUCACAGGCACCUGAAGUCCAGGACCACCAGUCACGGGCGCGUUGGAGCCACUGCAGCAGUGUACAGCGCAGCUAUUCUAGAGUAUUUGACUGCCGAGGUACUCGAGCUGGCAGGAAAUGCGUCUAAAGAUCUGAAGGUGAAGAGAAUCACCCCGCGCCACUUGCAGCUGGCUAUCAGAGGUGAUGAGGAGUUGGACUCCCUCAUUAAAGCGACUAUUGCUGGUGGUGGUGUUAUACCCCACAUUCAUAAGUCCCUUAUUGGGAAGAAGGGACAACAGAAGACUGUGUAAACAAUGUUGUUGUCUCAGGACAUGAAAGUGUUCACAAAUGUUUUGUUUGACCUGUAGACUAGAAUUUUAAAACUUUAUAUUGUCUGUCUUUGCAUUUACUCAUUUCUGGGGUAUUUUUUUCAAACAUGGCUUCAGAGAAGCUUUUUUUUUUUCUUUCUUUUGAUGUUUGGCUAGUCUUGUGUACACUUUUUAAUUUGCAACUUGGCUUUUGAACUUGUGAAGUUUCAGGAUUUUAUUUCAAUAAAACUCAAAGUGCCAGUCAA